AUGACAACAAAUUGUCCAUCAUUUGUUCGACAUCAAUCACUUGAAGCAACUCAAGUUAUACCAUUAUUUGAUUCAACAACAACAACAUUCACUUCAACACCACCAUUUAAACCAAAAGCUGGCGAAGUUUAUGUUAUGAAACUUGAUAUUGGUCAUGAAAAUGAUUGGCGUAGUGAUGGUUAUCGUUGGGUACAAAUAGCUGCACGACGUUUACCAACACAUAAUCCAGUUAUAAAAAAAUGUUAUUUUCAUGCUGGACAAAAAAAUAAAAAAAAAAGUAAAGAUUUUGAAAAACAAGCAUUUGUGUCACUUGUUGAUCCAUCCAAAGUUGUUGUACAAUAUCUUGGCGAUGAAAAUGUUGCUGAAGAAUUUCCACAUGGUAAUUCAAAAAAAAAUACUAAACCAUUUUUUCGUACACGUCCAUCAUUACUCAAUAAACUUAUAUCAGAAGCAGCAACUAAUGCUGAAACAGCACAAAUAUUUAAACAAUAUACAGCAAAUAAUUCCAAUGAACAUGAUGAUGAUGUUGACGAUGAUGAUGAUGAUGAAGAAUCAACAGUAAAUAAUUCUAUGGAAGCAGAAGAAACAGUCGAUGAUAAUGAUCAAAAAAAAUCUUCAACUAUUAAAAAUGAACCAAAAAAACCUAAAGUUGGACCUGAAGUUUUAUCCCAACCACGUAAUAUUGAACAAAUACGAAAUGUUAAAAGACGUUUAGCUCGUCGUCUUGUUGCAUCAGCCGAUGAAAUAUCAGAAUUAUAUCGUUUUGCACGUGAAACACCAAAUUAUAUUGUUCGUUUUACAUUAAUACCAAAUAUUGUUGCAAUUGCUUUUUCAAAUGAAUCAAUGCAUGAAUUUAAUUUAUUAUUAGAUCAUCCAGAUCUUUUGUCACAACAACAAGUUCUCAUUACAUUUGAUUCAGCAUAUACAAUUAAUGCAUUCCAUGUUACAUGUGUUUUCUAUCGACAUAUUGGUAUGAAAGAAGAACCAUGUAUUUUACUUGGUUGUGCAUUACAUAAUCGUCGUUCUGAUGAUGUUUAUGAAUAUAUUUUAACACAUUUAAAACAACAAUGUCCAAAUAUUGAAUCACGUUGUUUAUUUAUUAUUGACAGUGAAGGUAAUACAUUAAAAAAUAAUUAUUUAUCGAUAUUCCUACCACAUUUACGUAUACUACAUACAUGGAAUUAUGUUUUUUCACAAUUACGUGCUUGGUUAUUACAAAAUGGUCGUACACAAGCUGAUUAUCAAUUUUAUAAUGCUGAACUUAAAUCUUUAUUAUUAUGUGCUGAUAUGUUAACAUUUACACGUUUGUAUGAUCGAUGUAAAUCAAAUUGGACACAAGAAUUUCGAACAUAUUUUGAACAAAUUAUUUUACCAUUAGUUGAUACGGAUCUUGGUUCAUGGGUAUUAAAAAAAUAUGAUCUAUUUGAUGCUUAUUCCGGUAUAAAAGGACUUGUUUGUGAACCAAUGCAAGCUGUGGCAGCUCAGUUACGUGAUUGGCGUGAAUCUCGUUUUGAUAGUGGUGCUAUGGCAUUUUAUUGGCUUCAAAUGUAUUUUGUUCAACAGAUAAGAAAAUCCUAUUCUCGUCUUGGUGGUAUUUAUUCAUUAAAACAAGGUAUCUAUGAAAAAUGGGCAAUAACAGCUGUAACAUCAAGUGCUGCACAUGAACCAAUAAAAGCUUUAGUACCAGAAAAAAUUAUUGAACAUGUUCGAGCAAAAGUUAUUAUAUCAUCUGUACAUCAUCCACAUUUACAAGCUAAACGUAGUGGUGAACAACAAAUUCUAACAUUAUCACCUGUUAAAAGACUUAAAACAACAACAUAUGAUGGUACACAACAUCAUCAUCAUCAACCAUGUAUAAUUGCAACCACAACAACAACACCACAUCAAGUAACUACAGCUGACUUAAAAGCAACAUUACUUGCAGCUGCAGCAGCAGCACAACAACAACCAAGAACUAUGACAAUACGUCGAAUUGCUGCAACAACUAGUCCACAACAUCAACAACAACAACAAACAACAUUUCGUCUUACAACAGCUCCAAAUAAUUCAUCUUCACAACAACCACAACAGUUUAUAAUUACAACAGCUGGUACCGCUCUACCUCUUACUCAAACGACGACAACAACUACAGGAUUAGUUGAUGAUUCAUCAAUGUAUGAUGAUGGUACAAAUGAUUUAAGUGGAUGUUUAGUAACGACUUCAUCUCAAACACCAAAUUCAACAACAACACAAACACGUUCAUCAUUUGUUCGUCCUUCUCUACCGACUAAUGUUCUUCGAUUGACAGUUGACCGUCCUGGUUCACCAAAUCAUGCUCGUGGUGCAGCUAGUAAUGGAAUGUUUGGUACAGCUAAAACUGAAGCACAGUUUGUAAAAGAAGAAAAAUAUAAACAAGAUUUAAAGCAACAAAUGGAAGAUAAGCGUAGACGAGAUGCCGAAGAAACAGCUAAACGUCGAGCUGAAGAAGAACGUGAACUUGCUAAACAUUUAGAAUGGCAACAACAAAUGGAAAAACAAGUAGCUGAAGAAGCAAUAAGAAAACAACAAAAAGAAGAAGAAGAACGUUUACAUCAACUACAAUUACAAGAAGAUGCAGAACAACGAAAAAAACAAGAUGAACUUAUAUCAAAACGAAAACCAAAACGACAAGACAAACCAAGUUCACCAAGAACUGAUGAUGAUACUGCUAAUAGAAAAAAUAAUUCUAAUGAACAACCAUUACGAUCAGAAGUUGCCUAUCGAAGUGCUUCACCGCCAGUGCCAACUUUAAACAAAAAAGACAAGAAGAAAAAACCAACUACAAACAAUACACGACGUCCAUCAUUCGAUGAUGCUAAUCAACAACCAUCUUUACCAUCCUUUGACAAUCAUGAUGAUUAUAUUCAACAACCACCACCAGUUGAUGAUACAGAUGGUCAUGGUCGUCAAACAUAUCGCAAACCACCAACACCACGACAACCAGAUAUAUCAGCAUCACAAAAACCACCACAAACAUAUCGAGCUCGACCACGGCAAAACUCGAAUGCUGGUAUGCCAAUACGUAAUAAUUCAGCUGCAUCUCUUCGAUCAGAUGGUUCUGAUUCUGAAGUACUUAAUCGGCUUGAACAUUUAAAACAACAAUUACGAGAUAGAGAAAGAAAACUUCAAGAUCAUGUCAAUAGUCAUCAAACAGAUCAAACAAAAACUCAAUCGAAACAACAUCCAGGAUUUGUACUUAAUACACCACGUGUUCAUCAUCGUGAUUCUCCAACAACAAAUGAUGUUGUUCGUCGUAUCCUUCAAACAGAUGAUGAUGCAGAAUUUAACCCAAGUUAUUUCCGUGAUGAUACGAUUUUAUUAGGUGGUGCUGGUGGAAAUCAUGCAAAUAAUGAUGAUAAAUUUUUCUCAUCAAUAAUAAAAGAACGUAUGAAUUCAGGUAAUCGAAAAUUUACUGAUGAAAUUGAACAAGCUUCUCGACACCCAUAUCACAACAAUAAUAAUAAUAAUCCAUCGAAAUAUUAUGAUCAUGAAGAUCCAACUAGUAUGGCAAAUUAUGAAUUAAAUAGAAUUGCUAAACAGAAUGAACAACGAUUGAAAAAAUUACGUGAUCUUGAAAAUGAUGAUGCAUCAUUAUUAGAUAGUAAUGAAGUACUUGAACGUUUUCAACAAAAACAACGUAUUCAACGUGGUGGUAGUCAAACAACUUUACAAGAUGAUGCUUGGCUUAAAUAA